AUGUCCGACAACCAGCGUGACACGCGGCCGUGGAAAAAGCUGCGGCAGCCGGGGGAUUUCUUCCGGCCGCGACAAUCUAGCCCCAUGUACGAAGACGAAAACACGUCCGAAGUGUACCCAAGCUCGUCGUGGUCCACGCAGUCGUCGCGCAGAAACCCCCAAGCAACCACGUACCGCGACGGCGACCCCACGCUGCCUGUACAAAACGUUCCCGCAAUUAUCAAGACCAAAGGGGACGUCGCGGACUGGGCCCAAGAUAUCAAGUACGCCGAGGCCCAGGACCGCCGCGACCGAGAGCGCCGCGCGCGAGAGCAGCGCGAGAGGGAGGAGCGCGAGAGGGAGCGCCGCGCCGAGAUGCAGCGCCGCGAAGCUGAACGCCGCGAGAGAUCGCGCAGUGCGAGAGCGCGUCGUGAGGCUGAGCGCCGCGACGCCGGCAGCUCCAGGCCUCCUCCAUCCUCGUCGCGGUCCACGUCCGUGGUCCGCACCACGACGACGUCCUCCUCGGGCUCUUACCGCCCGCGCUAUCGCUCACAAUCCCGCGACAACGGGGACCGCGAGCGGGAUAGUUCCCCAGCGACGCUUCGUCAACGAUGGCUUAGGCGGAGGCGUGGAGGAGGAGAGUUGGAUUUUGCUUGA